AUGGAGGAACCACAUAACAACAGGACUUCCUUGGCCAGAGGUGCCAAGGACAUCGCUAAGGAAGCCAAAAGGCAAGCUGCCAAAAAUUUCAGUAAAGCUGUUGAUCGAGCCUCUGAUGAAUAUUCAGCCCAUCACAGCUACAACCGUUUCCAGAAUGAGGAUGAAGACGAGAACAACUACAACAAUUACACUCAACAAAAUGGUCAUUAUGCUGACAAUCCAGCUAACGACGAGGAUGGAGCCUCCAGCGAUGCCACGGAGGGCCAUGAUGAUGAAGAUGAGAUCUAUGAGGGGGAGUACCAAGGAGUGCCUGCAUACAGCAAUGAGAAGCCACGGGAUGGUCAGGUGGCUCUUGGCCAGCCGGUCUCUGACAGCCUAAAGAGCCGCAAGGAACUAGAAAAUGAGAGACAGGCAGAUGAGGAGGAGCUCGCCCAGCAGUACGAGCUGAUCAUGCAGGAGUGCGGCCAUGGGAGAUUCCAGUGGCAGCUGUUUUUUGUACUAGGGCUAGCGCUCAUGUCAGAUGGAGUGGAGGUGUUUGUAGUGGGCUUCGUCCUGCCCAGUGCUGAGACAGACAUGUGUGUUCCCAAUUCUGGUGCUGGAUGGCUUGGCAGCAUUGUGUAUCUGGGGAUGAUGUUUGGAGCCUUUUUCUGGGGUGGCCUCUCAGACAAGGUGGGCCGGAGACAGUGCCUGCUGAUAUCCAUGUCAGUCAAUGGCUUCUUCGCCUUCCUGUCCUCUUUUGUCCAAGGCUACAGUAUGUUCCUCUUCUGCCGCAUGGUGUCUGGCUUUGGGAUCGGUGGAGCAGUACCGAUAGUAUUCUCGUACUUUGCUGAGGUACUGGCUCGCGAGAAGAGAGGAGAGCAUCUGAGCUGGCUGUGCAUGUUCUGGAUGAUCGGAGGAAUUUACGCCUCAGCCAUGGCCUGGGCCAUCAUCCCACACUAUGGCUGGAGCUUCAGCAUGGGAUCAGCCUACCAGUUCCACAGCUGGCGAGUGUUUGUGGUGGUGUGUGCGCUGCCCUGCGUCUCUGCAGUGGUAGCUCUCACUUUUAUGCCUGAAAGCCCCCGCUUCUACCUCGAGAUGGGUAAGCAUGACGAAGCCUGGAUGGUGCUCAAACACAUUCAUGACACCAACAUGCGUGCCCGCGGAGAGCCAGAGAGAGUCUUCACUGUAAACAGGAUAAAAAUCCCCAAACAGCUGGAUGAACUGGUGGAGGUGCAGAAUGAGUCAGCCAACCCCGCACUCAAGGUCCUCUUCAAGAUCAAGACUGAACUCAGAGGAAUCUGGUUGACGUUUAUGAAAUGUUUCAACUACCCAGUGAAAGACAACACUAUGAAACUGGCUGCAGUCUGGUUUACUUUGUCUUUCGGGUACUACGGGCUAUCUGUGUGGUUCCCAGAUGUCAUCAAGCACCUUCAAGCCGACGAGUACGCCUCCAGAGUGAAGAUUCACAACAGUGAGCACAUUGAAGACUUCACUUUCAACUUCACCCUGGAGAACCAGAUCCACAGAAAUGGAGUCUUUGUAAAUGACAGGUUCAUUAGUAUGAAGUUUAAGGCAGUCACGUUCAUCGACUCGUCUUUCCUCAACUGCUACUUUGAAGAUGUCUCCACAGUAGGAUCCUUUUUCAAGAACUGUACCAUUGUAGACUCCUUCUUUUACAACACAGAUAUAGAUGACACCAAGCUAACAAAUUCCAGGGUGAUCAACAGCUCUUUCCACCACAACAAGACAGGCUGCCAGAUGACAUUCGACGACGAUUACAGUGCCUACUGGGUCUAUUUCGUCAACUUCCUGGGAACGUUGGCUGUGCUUCCUGGAAACAUUGUGUCUGCUCUCCUCAUGGACAAAAUAGGGCGCCUAAGCAUGUUAGGAGGCUCCAUGGUGCUAUCGGGCAUCAGCUGCUUCUUCCUUUGGUUUGGCACCAGCGAGUCAAUGAUGAUCUUUAUGCUCUGUCUCUACAAUGGCCUCAGUAUCUCUGCCUGGAACUCCCUCGAUGUGGUCACUACUGAGCUGUACCCAACAGACAGGAGGGGCACAGGAUUUGGCUUCUGUAAUGCCAUGUGUAAGCUGGCAGCGGUGCUGGGCAACCUGAUCUUUGGCUCUCUGGUCGGCAUCACCAAGGCCAUUCCCAUUCUGCUGGCAUCGUCCGUGUUGGUUGGCGGCGGGCUGGUGGGGCUCCGACUGCCAGACACACGUGCCAAUGUCCUCAUGUAAACCUCAGCACAGAA